GUUGCUUCGUAAAUUCUCUCGGACACUUUAAUUCCUAUAUCAGUUGACUUUUAACCGUCAAUUGAUCCUACCAGAACUCUGUCACGGGCGCUGUGUUCAUCUUCGCGCAUUCCCUGUUCUCUGUCACGACUAUCUAACGACAGUUUCUGCCUCUUUAUCACCCACCCCACCUCGCAGCUUCUCCCAUUUUCCUUCUCGCUUCAUUCUUCUAGAUUAUAUCCUGCCUCUUCCACCCUACGAUUUAUCCUUGAAUUUUCAAACUGAAGCUCUCGCUUGGACACUAUCGAAAACUUUGAAUUAUGGCGGUUCGCGCACAGUUUGAGAACUCCAACGAGGUUGGCGUCUUCGCUCGUCUCACCAAUUCAUAUGCCGUUGUCGCUAUCGGAGCCUCGGAGAACUUUUACAGUGUAUUCGAGGCUGAACUCCAAGAUGUCAUCCCCAUCUGUCACGCUACUAUUGCUGGUACUAGGAUUGUUGGGCGUCUAACAGCGGGUAACCGUAAGGGCCUUCUGGUCCCCACCACCACCACAGAUCAGGAACUGCAGCAUCUCCGGAAUACGCUCCCAGACUCGGUCAGGAUUCAACGGAUAGAAGAGCGUCUAUCAGCUCUGGGAAAUGUCAUCUGCUGCAAUGACCAUGUCGCCUUGAUACAUCCGGAUCUGGAGCGAGAAACAGAAGAAAUUAUCGCCGACGUCCUUGGCGUCGAAGUCUUCCGACAAACUAUUGCCGAUAACGUCCUGACGGGCUCAUACAUGGCUCUCUCCAACCAAGGCGGUAUCGUGCACCCCAAGACCUCCAUCCGUGAUCAGGACGAGCUCUCCUCUCUCCUCCAGGUGCCUCUUGUCGCUGGUAGUGUGAAUCGUGGUAGUGCUGUUGUUGGUGCUGGUAUGGUUGUCAACGACUGGUUGGCUGUAACGGGCCUGGAUACGACGGCGACAGAGUUGAGUGUCAUUGAGAGUGUGUUCCGCUUAGGGGAGAUGGGCCCUCGCGGUGCCGGCAUGGGCAAUACUAACAAGGAGAGCAUUGUGGAGAGUUUCUACUAGGCUCGCUUCCUGGGUGGUGUUAUUAUCUGGGAUUUAUUCAUUCAGAAUUGUCACGUAUAAAUGUGUAUGCCUUGUGCGCGCGCAUACAUGUUUACAAUGCGAGAUGCUUCCUUCAGCCUGUCUCUAAUUCUUGGAUACAUAUUGAAUAGGACACGGUCAAUAACGACCCGUUAACGACCUAGAAUAGCACCGGUACCUCAGCCAUAGUCAAAAUAGACAGUACCAGUGCCCAGAGAAGUGGCAUCUUAUGUACGGAAUCUGAAACCUGGUUAUAUGAGU